CGAACUCCUCUUCUUUGUCCGCUUCCACUCCUUCACAACACACCUCCACCACGAACUAUGUGACAGAAACCGCUCAAGAUGCGCUAUACCAGCAUCAUCACCACAUUCAUCACCUUCUACACCUCCCUCGGCGCUUCCCACCCCUCUCAAACUCCACUCGGCACCGCCGAACAUGGAGUGGGCCGCAACGCCAACAUCUCCAUCCCCCUCUUCGCCGAGCUCGAAGAGCUCUCCCGCAUCGUCGACAUCUCCUACUGCGUGGGCACGACCGGGAUCUCGCCACCCUUCCAAUGCGCCUCCCGCUGCGACGAGUUCCCCUCCUUCGAGCUAGUCGACACCUUCAACACCGGGCCCUUGAUGAGCGAUAGCUGCGGCUACAUUGCUCUAGAUCACAGCACACGACGCUUAGGGAGGGGCAGGAUUAUAGUGGCGUUUAGAGGGACGUAUAGUAUUGCGAAUACGAUCGUGGAUUUGAGUACGGUGCCGCAGGAGUAUGUACCGUAUCCUGAUAAUCCGGAUGAGGAAGAGGAUCCGGGACAGGGACGGCCGAUCUCGAGUCCGAGGGAGGAUAGAGGGAGGAGGAGGAAGUUUUGGCAUUUGCCGGGGUGGCUUAGGCAUCAAUCUGUUGAGGAGGAGAAACGGGAGGAAGUGAAGUGUUUGAAUUGUACGGUUCAUUCUGGCUUUUGGACCAGCUGGCAGAACACGAGGCCGUUCAUUCUACCGCACCUGAAGUCAUUGAAGGAGAAAUAUCCGAAGUAUCGGGUUGAUCUCGUUGGGCAUUCGCUCGGAGGAGCGGUCGCUGCGUUGGCUGGACUGGAGUUCAAUGCCCUUGGAUGGAAGCCUGUCGUAACGACCUUUGGAGAGCCGCGAGUCGGGAAUUCGGGGUUGAGAAAUUAUAUCGACAGAGUCUUUGACCUGCCUUCGGAACACUUUCCAAGCCAAGGAAUGGUUCCUCUUCACAGUGGGAGAUACAGACGCAUCACCCACGUGGAUGAUCCCGUCCCUCUCCUCCCUCUGCAAGAAUGGGGCUACCGAGCCCACGCCGGCGAAGUCUUCAUCUCCAAAGGGCCCCUCCAACCCACGAUCCACGACAUUCGUCUCUGCUACGGCGACGAAGAUGUAAACUGCAUCGCCGCCGCCGAGGUCGACGAAUCGUGGUUCCACUCCGCCGACGACGCAAUGGAGAUCUACAACACGUUGCAAACAGAUCCUGCGUUCGAAGCGAAGCAGGAACUGGUAGGGGUGCAGAAGCGGUGGGGUCUGCCGAUUCCGGCACGGUAUAAGAUCUGGCAGCUGUUCUUUGCGCAUAGGGAUUAUUUCUGGAGGUUGGGACUUUGUGUUCCAGGGGGUGACCCGUUAGAUAGGGGGAGAGAUCGUUAUGAUUUUGGGGACGGGCAGGGAAUGGAGGAGAGGAAGGAGUUAUGAGGUAAUGAAGUCGAACACGAAACUGGGUAUUGAUUUUUGGAGCGGGCGUUUUGGGUCAUUGAACCCAGCAACAUUGCAUACAAAAUAGUCAUUCAGACCACAAGGUCUGGUAAUGUUGUUAAUAUUUGAUUAUUCGCAACACAGCAGUUCUCCAGCAUCACUUCCCGCCCGUCUUUUUAUCUGCUUACGCAAUGGAAUUUUAUUCUUAUUUCUAUGCUGCCAGUGGACCGCCUCCGUGGAUAAGAGCAGCGGCACUGACCAGACAUUUAUCUGCAGUUUGAGAAGAUAGGACUUGGACAUUGGUGAACGUCCGAGAUAUUAAAUAUGCGAGAACUUGAGCGAACAUUCGGAGAGAAAGUAAUAGUCAGUCCGUCCUCCUUUACUCGCUUUACUUAUAGUCGGGGAAACUAAGUGUCCCGCGAAAGCAAGUGUCCCAGCGAGAUUUAAAAGAAGAAUAACCAAGUAC